AUGGCGACCGCAUUGCAGCUUCCACCCCCUGAUACCGGACUCGCCUUCAACGAGGUCGUCACAACGGGACUAGCCGCUCAUGACUAUCCGAACGCGCUUAAUUUCGCAGAUUUCGACCUCAAGGAUAAUCGCUAUCCGUCACUCGGUACUUCCUGCAGAGUCACGCAGUACGUCAAUUCGCCAGGAAGGUAUUCCAACUCUGCGGUGGACCCAGUCGCCUUGAGCCCGAGGCAUCGGAGCUGGAUCGACCGUCCCGUGCCCAACAGCUCUGCAGGUGUGUGGGUGCCCGAGAAGCUCAUGGAGCAGCAGCAGCAGCGACAGGCCGAACAAAGUGCUCCUCUGCAGGGGCCAUUGCCAGCCACGAACCAGCAGCCGCAGCCGCCUAUGCCAAGACCCGAAGACACGUUAUCACGUCCCAUGCAAGGGAGCCCCUCGCGCCUCGCUGAGCGUUUCAGCCGCGACGAAGAGCUGCAGCGCAUUCCCUCGAAGGGCAGUGACAGCCCCCAGGAGAUGGGCCAGCGCACCUCGAGUCGCCGGCCGUCACAAGACCAGUACGGCUCGUUUGUCCCGUCCUCGCCGCGCCAUCCGUCGUUGCCAGUCGCGGGCUUCGGCGCAGGUCCCAGCUCUUCGCCCAUCGUCCCUGUUUCUGCUGGACCAUCUUAUAACCCGGCGAACAUGCAAAUCCCCAUUUCCCCAAAACCUCGCGCGUAUGCGCAACAUCCGACUUAUAUCACGCCCACACCCGGUGCGAAUGUGUAUGCUCCUCCACAGGUGCCGAAGGAGGAGGUAUGUGUUGAGUGUGCGAUGCGUGACCAGGACAUGGCCGAUGUCGACGUCGCCAGUCCUGGCGCUUGGGAACGGGACAGCGACGUGUUGUACGAUGAGUUGAUCCGCCGGGAGCAAGAGGAUGAAGCAGCGGGGACCCCUCCGUCGGAACAUCCGAACCGACCUCGAGCUCGUGGAGGGCGAUUGACUGAGGAGAGUCUUCACCUCUGGCUCAGCUUGAACCCCAAAGAACCUUCGUCAAGACAGCAAACAUUGGAUCAGUACGUGAGGUCCCAGCGCACGCUACUCGAAGCGGAAGUGCUCGCGCAUGCUCGUGCAAUGCGGGAGUCUCGUCAGUUGGACGAUAAAGUGCGGGAUGCGUGCUCGCAGCUACGGCGGUCAGCGUACGACCUCAACGUCAAUCCAAAGCACGCAGAGGAUGCAAGCGUCAAGGCUUCUCGCUCCUCUUCCAUGCCAGGUGGUGCUGUGAUUGCGCACACCCACGGCCACAGCCGUGAUGUGACAUUACUUGAAAAUGGAAUGAUUGUCGAGCAUGUUGACGUGCGCAAGGAAGAGAAGGAAGAGCGCGAGCGCAGGCGGAAGGAGGAGCGUCUCGAGAGGAGCCGUGUCAGGAAGUCGUCCCGCGGUUCUGCUAUCGACGUCACAUCCGUCUACUCCAUGCCUAUACCCAACCAACUGCCUAAGACGGACAGCGGAUUCUUCUCGGGAGCCAGGGCGAGCGAGUCGCGGUAUUCGCAGUCGUUCUCGCCGCGGCCUAGCAGCGUACUGACAACGGGCAAUGAACGCCCAUUAACAUCAUUGCGAGCGACCUCGCAAGCCUCGUUCUCCGAUAUACAGAGCAUCGGGUCGACAUCGUCGCCUAGGCGAUCCCGUUUCUUCGGCUUCAAAAAUCUUACAUCGGGAUUCAGAAGCCAGGACAGCCUUGCGCCGUCAGGUAGCAUGGUUGACAUGCAUAUCGCGCUGUCUCGGGAGCAACACUUCUUCGAGGCGCAUCCAGAGUUGGAGCAAGAGUUUGGCAGCAAUGCGCCAACUGUCCGUUUAGCCGAUGCACCACAGCAACCUGGCGUAUUCUCUGAAGUCAUAGAUGCCCCUUCGAGCGCGGUGCCGAAGAAGAAGAUUGGUCUGAAGAAAAUCUGGAAAAUUGUCACUGGCUCUAAGAACAGCGGUCGUACAAUUAGUCGCGCAAAAUCACGGUCACUUGAUAGAGCUGAAGAUGAUUUGCCUUUGGCACCUCCCCCUCCACUGUCAUAUCUGGUAGACCGUGAGCAGCGUCUCUCAUCUAGACGACACGUUUCCACCCCAUCUCUUCCCUCCUCCGCAUCACCUAACGCAAUGUCGCCGUACGCUCCUUCUCCACCAACAGCGCCAUCUAGCCUCGUUCCUUCGCCGUCGUCGUCGCGUCAGCCUAUUACUGAGAAGGAGAACUUGAGCGAUGGUCGCAAGGACAGCGGGAACUAUGAGACAGACCAUGACCACAUUCCGUCUGCUGAUGUGAACUCCCCGGAACAGGAUCCGCGCGGGCGGACAACGCACAGCUCCUCGAAGACCUUAUCGAGUUAUACAGGGCCUAUCACACCAGUGACGCCCCAGUCAAAUAGGCCUCAAUCGGUUGCGAUUCGCCGCGACAAGUCUCUGCCUCCAUUGCCGGGAGAGUCCUCGAUCGAGUUCCCCAAUCAUCCCAUGCCAGAUGCUCGGCCGCAGACUAUGUAUACUUACGACCCUCUUAUGUCUUCCUACGGAAAGGCUACUUCGCCCCAGUUACUCCCACCGCAAGCUCCAUUCCGCUCCGUCGAUACUCGGCGACAGUCGUUUGGUGGUAUGGCAUCUCAGCCACAUCCCGCCGUUCGCACUCUUCCCGCAAAAGCGGCCUAUAUGCGAGGCCCAUUGAAUGUGCCGCCGUUCCUCGCUGAGGAACGAUAUGGCGAAUUCGGUGUCUCGCAUCUCUCACUGAACCAGUGGAACAACGGGAAAGGCCACUUACGCCCGGUGCAGCCACAGGCGAAACCCAAGCAGCGGCGCAGCCGGUUCGGCCUCGCAUCUCUGUUCGGCAGGAAGUCGCAGGAUGCAGAGAGCAAGGAUCUGGCUGGCGUCGACGCUUCGCUCCAGCCAAUAAUUACCCACAGGACAUCGGCGUCGGGCGAACAUUCUGCUGGCUAUGGUGGCCCUGGCUCAGCGCACAGCAGUACGGCUAUGCGGAUGUCUGUCACGUCACGGAAGAAUAUCGCAGAGCUCGUCGACCAAGACAACGAGUUCGUCGCGUAUCGGUACCCUUCGACCGACCAACGCUUCGACCUGCGGUAG